AUGGAGCAGCGAAUUGUUGAAGCAAAGACAGUAUUAUCUGAGAAGGAGCCCGCGUUUGAGCUUGCUGAUCACGAAAUUCUUCACUUAGGUGAAUCAACCCUCGUGGAGCCGCCAGCAACAGGUUGGAUGCAUCGGUCUAGCCUGCGUAAGCAUUUUCAUGUGACAUACUCUAGCGGCGUAAAACUUGCCACUUGUGUGCACUGUGGUAAAGGCUUCAAGGAGAGAAAGUCUACUGGGAAUCUAUCCAAGCAUAUCAAAAACAUCCAUCCCCACCUCUUUAUUCCAGGACGAGACCGCAGCAGAAAUGUCGACUCGUCAAAUUGCAGAUCUUUGGCAAUCCAAAAACCGCGUUUACCGAGCUUCAUCGUCGCUGCUUCUACAGAACGCCCUGAGGAAUUUUUCGAAAUCGAUCUCUUGAUCGAAAAACAGCUUCCUCUGUCGAUAACGUCAACUAAAGCAUGGAAAAGAUUCACCAAAAACACAAUUGGUACUUUAGCGAAGCCGAGGUCUUCCAUUUCCUUAGAGAAGAUCUCAAUGUAUCUUCAGAGCUUUGACAAUGAGCUGAUUGACAGAAUGCAGUCAACUGAUUACAUCAAUCUAGUGCCUUGCGUUCAUCGAGCCAAGACUGGAGAAGCUUUCUUGACUGUAACAGCAUCGUUUAUUCCAGGUCUACUGAAAAAUAAAUUCCCCUUUUAUCCUGUGGGAGAUACGCGGAAUUCGCGGGGCAGCAGCAGCACUGUUAAGGAAACACACUUACUGGAUUUUAUCUCAUUAGACGCGAUAGAAAAGGGCCACGCUAGUCUUGACAGUGAAUUCACCAAUAUUCUGGGCCGUUUUGAUAUCUCACGCAAAGUCUUACUUCUCACAAAUGAUUUAGCGUGGCAGACAUUAGCUGAGCGUUUCCCCGUCAACAUUGGUCACAAAUUGGGUGGGGAAGUCAAUGAUCUAGGCUCAAUAAGAUGUGCUAGUGAAAUGUUGGAAACGCUUCUUGCGCUCAUAACCAGCGAGCUUGUUAAGAAUGGCAAAAUGAAGAAAGCAUUUGAGCGUCUCGGCAAAUUGGGAGAGCUUAUCAAUGAGUCAGAGACGGUGAAAGAAUCUUUGGUUAAUCGAGGAAUUUUUCCAGUACCCACUGGUUCCAACAUGACUGCCAUGUGCAUAUGGCAACAGGCCUUUGUCUAUCUGACUUACCAUGAUCAGUUUAUCAACUGGACCAAAAGCGCAAAAUUUAUUGAAGCUGCGGAAGAAUUUAGGGAGAUUGAAGAGUGCUCUCAAACGAUUGAUGAAUCUUAUCAGUGUCUGGAAUAUUUUGUUGCGUGUUGUUCUAUAUUUCAACAUUUGGACAAGUUGAUUCAAAAGGAUGACUUUAAUAGGCUUUCAAAUGCCGCUACAUUGUACUUUACGCUGAAACAUUACUACGACGCAUGUCACUCGGCCGUGUUCGGUAAAAUAGUACAAACGCCCGGCGAGUCCUUUGACUUCUCUUUCAUCAACGGAAACAAAGAACUUCCAGAUACCAUCAAGCUCGAAGUUCUGAAUGCAGUUCAUCAAAGUUUGAGCGAGUUUGCCAACUAUUUCCAGCUUUUCAAAAACAACGAUAUGUAUUUCGUGGCUGUGAUGCUCAACCCCACAAUGAGAAUCGAUAGUUUUCGGAACUUCAUGACCAGCUUAGACGCCGAGCAUUAUUACGAACGGACGAAGGUCAUUAUUGAACAGUAUAUGAAAUACCAGGAGUCUGUAGGCGUGCACCCAGAUAAGACGUCAGUUGUCCGCACUGUUACAAUAUGUGGUGAGAUUCCUAAGGUUCCAAACUUCAAUUUCGAGCUCUCAGUUCAGUCAAAUCGCGACCUGCCUGAUCGUGGAAGUAGCCGAAAGGAAUGGGACCUUUACUUGCACGAAGUUGAAGCGACACAGGGACAAGACUUCGAUGCCUUGAACUGGUGGCAUUCCCGACAGGAAAAGUUUCGUGGUCUUUUUCCUCUUGCUGUUUCCCUACUGACAACGAAGUUCAGUAUUUCGAGCUCACCUGUGCCAGCUGUGGUAGAGAAGAUGUUGGCGGGUAAGGGGUUGGGGGCUGCUAGCGACAAUCACGCACGGCUGCAAGUUUUGCUUCAGGACCGCUUUCAGAAGUUCGGUCUCCAUCGUUCUGAGAGUGACGAUGGCUUUGAAACGUCUCGGCUGGUCUCUUCUGGCAGCACAACUGAGGACGAUGAUGUCAGCAAUGAUUUUGGAAAUGAGGUAUUUUGA